CACGAAGGACGAUGAGCAACGGCGGAACGACGUUUGAUGGAUGAUUGCGUUCAGGCUUUCGAAACACUCGCUUCUUCCCUUUUUCAAACGAACCGCCUCUUCUGUGACAUCAGAUCGAGAUAUAACUGCCCGCCGUGGAUGAGUGAGCUCUUUUGCGUGGCAUUUGGCAACGCCGAUUGACUUUCUUGCAUGGCGUCCAAGAGCCGCCCUGCGUCGCUCGACGCAAGUGUGGAGCUUCCGCCAACCCCUAACAAGCUACCGCCAACAGAGCAGCUUGAGGCGACAGCGGUCGCAUUGCGUGAGGAUGGCCGUCGCAUGCUGCGCCACUCAUGGCCUCGCACGCGAUUCCAGCCGUUUCCAGAUCGCGAGUUUGAUGAGGAGAUGAUGGUGGCUGUUGCAUCACGGCACCUCCGCAUCACCGAUAUUGAGUGGGGCCCUCUCAUCGGCGAAGGCUUCUUUGGCCGCGUGUACAAGGCACAUCACCGCGCUGCAAACCGCACAAUCGUCUUGAAGGAGUUGAAACGCAACCACGAGCAGCGCGAUGCGUUUAUCGAGGAGAUGAAGAUUCUCAAGUCCCUCGCCCACCCAAACGUGUUAGAGUACAUUGGCAUUUUCUGCCAGGGCCGCAAGCUGUAUCUUGUCACCGAGUACGUCAGUGGCGGUACCCUUGAUCGUCUCGCCCAGGACCACACCCGCGACCUCCCCUGGGACCUGCGCACGCGAAUGGCUCUCGAUCUUGCGUCAGGGAUGGAGUAUGUGCAUUCCAAAAACAUUCUCCACCGCGACCUCAAGUCGGCCAACUGCAUGGUGCGCGCAGAGGACAUGAGCGUCGUCAUCGUCGACUUUGGCCUCGCCCGCGUCAUGAAGGGGCGAACGCUAUCGCUGCGCCGGCCGCCGCCCAUCCGCCGCAGCGCAUCCAGCAAGACAAAUCGUCGCUUCAGCAGCCACGACCUCUCCUGCUCCAUGAUGCACACCAGCCCCCACGCCAACAAGGUUGCGUCAUCCCACACGUCUGGCCUGCGCCUGGCACCGCCUGGCACGGGUAGUGAGGGCAGCACGCCACGCCCCUCGUCGCGCCCGUACUCUGAAAUGCGGCCCAUGUCGAUUGUUGGCUCGCCAUACUGGAUGGCCCCUGAGAUGAUGACCGGGGAGUAUGGCUUUGCUGCAGAUGUCUUCGCUUUCGGUCCGGUGGCCCUCGCUGUUUGUUGUUCUAGCUGCGCUUGUAGCAGUGUUUGUUGGCUGUGUUUCUCUCGUGUUUGCUGUUGUUUUAAGUUGUUGUUGUCGUUGCAAGCCACCACAACACGUGCACCUUCACCACUCGCCCCGUGCUUGCUCAUCACCGAUGUGCCCGCCAAUCAUCCACCGCCAUGUCCCCCCUCCUGCAACACAUCCGCCCGUCCAGGCAUUGUCAUGUGCGAGUUGAUUGGACGCAUCUCUGCAGACCCCGACGUGAUGCCGCGCACACCUUCGUUUGGCGUUGACGAGAAGCGCUUUGCUGACAUGCACGCACGCGGCUGCCCACCUGACCUCCUCACCCUCGUCUUCCAGUGCUGCAAGACGAACCCGCGUGAGCGCCCGUCAUUUGAGCUCGCCGCCUCCCGCCUUCGCAGCAUGUGCAUCAAGAUGCAGCCAGAGAUAUGCCUGAAACCGCCGCUGGUUGGAACGCCGCGUGUGCAGAAGCGGCGGUCUCGGAUUGCCGGCGACAUUAUUCCUGGAAGCCCGGCGUCGUUCCGGCGCGGGGCCAGGCGAUCUGCACCCUCUCUUCACAUCGACCGCUCCCUUCAGCCACCCAAGCCCGCUGUACAUGCGCUGCAGGUGAACGAGCAGCGGCUUCGAUCGCGGAGCACCAUGAACCGGCGACUACGCCUUCUCCGCCACAGGAGUGAAAACUCAGACAGUGGCGUCUCUGACGUCACCACAGGCACCACCACAAGCGCCGCCAGUAGCACCACUGCAAACGCGCCUUCCGCUGACAAGUGGGGCCAGACACAACCUCACGCACGCACACACGCACGCAGCACGACAGCAGCAGCGGCAACAGCGACGGCAGCAGCAGAAGGCGAUGGGAUGGCGGUGCAAGAUGGGGAUAGUCGUAGGCAAGAAGCGCACACAGCGUUACUUGGACAUGACGCAAGCGAGGGCAGUGCGAGUGGAGCAAACGGUACAAACGGUGCAAACGGUGUGCGGGCACACAGGUCCACUCUGCCGUUUGUUGGGGCGGAGUGUCGAAGCGCAGAUCCUCGCUUGCAGACCUUCGGCGACGCAUUUGCGUUCAACGAUGACGAGGAUGAUGAUGACGACGACUGUUGUGACGUCAUAUGCACUGGUGUUGUUGAUGAUGCGGAUGGUGAUGGCGGUGUGAAUGGCAUGGUUGAGGCUGGUGCUCAUCUACUCUUGAGAGACAACACAGAGGAACAAGGCCAACAGCAGCAGCAGCAGCAGCAUGGGGCGGUGAUGUGUGGAGGGCGGGUGUUGCUGCAGCGCCCACCACAGCGACGGGGCCACAAGGCGAACACAGCAGCGACUGUGGCUGUACCGAAUGGCUGCUCGCUUCCACAGCUGUCGAACGCCAGCAGCGACAACACGAACGACGCUGGGCGAAGCGACGUUGGGGGUGCACGUGGCGGCAUGGAUGUAGACCAACCGCAACCGCAACCACACCAGGACGAACAACAACGACGGCACCCACAACACCAAUAUCAACACCCACAACCACAACAGCACCAGCGACACAGGCAGCACCUGAGCUAUCCAACGCACAGCAAGGACGCCUUGCUGAAGAGCGAUAUUCGUGUAUCGUUCGUGUAGCCUGUUCCCUUGUUGCCUGUACGUGCGUGCGUGUGAGUGUGCGCAUGUUUCCUGUGAACGCAACGACUCUUUGUUUUCAUGACGUAUGCGAACGCUUGUGCGUGUUGUUGUAAGCGACCUUGCCGUAUGUGACACGAUGAAUCCAUGUGUGUGUGUGUGUGUGGUGUACAUGCAGUAUGUAUUGCCCUCACCUUGUCAAUUCUCCUUACCUGUCCAUCUUCCUUUGCGUAGUACGUGCACAUAAACGAUCUCCCACGACA